CAGCAGGCUCGUGAGGUUUUCACACCACUCCCACGUCUACUUACAAAGCACAGCUCUGUCCACAAACAUUCCGGAACUAAAUUUAACGCACCACCACGCCGCCCGGCUCUUCAACGUUACCACCGGAGAGCUCGGCGGCGGCGAGUUAGAGCCGGGAUCAGAGCCCCGCCCCGGGGACGCGGCCUCGAAUCGGCCGCUCUAGGCCCGGCGAGUGCUCUCUAUGGUCGGGCGGGCGGGGUGUUGUCAUCCGCGGAGCGACGGCCGGAGGCAGCGGCUUAGGCCCCGGCGGGGCGUUUGGUUUCGGUUUGGCCCCGACUGGAAUUCGCGCUGACGGUCGAAAUGGGAGUCCCCAAGUUUUACCGAUGGAUCUCGGAGCGGUAUCCCUGCCUCAGUGAAGUGGUGAAAGAGCAUCAGAUUCCUGAAUUUGAUAACUUGUACCUGGAUAUGAAUGGAAUCAUACAUCAGUGUUCCCAUCCCAAUGAUGAUGAUGUUCACUUCAGAAUUUCAGAUGAUAAAAUCUUUACUGAUAUUUUUCACUACUUGGAGGUGUUGUUUCGCAUUAUUAAACCUAGGAAAGUGUUCUUUAUGGCUGUUGAUGGUGUGGCUCCUCGAGCAAAAAUGAACCAGCAGCGGGGGAGGCGUUUUAGGUCAGCAAAGGAGGCAGAAGACAAAAUAAAAAAGGCAUUAGAAAAAGGAGAAACUCUUCCUACAGAGGCCAGAUUUGAUUCCAACUGUAUUACACCAGGAACUGAAUUCAUGGCCAGGUUACAUGAACAUCUGAAGUAUUUUGUAAAUAUGAAAAUUUCUACAGAUAAGUCGUGGCAAGGAGUUACCAUCUACUUCUCAGGCCAUGAGACUCCCGGAGAAGGAGAGCAUAAAAUCAUGGAAUUUAUCAGAUCGGAGAAAGCAAAGCCAGAUCAUGAUCCAAACACCAGACAUUGUCUUUAUGGUUUAGAUGCUGACUUGAUUAUGCUUGGAUUAACAAGUCACGAGGCACAUUUCUCUCUUUUAAGAGAAGAGGUUCGGUUUGGUGGCAAAAAGACACAAAGGGUAUGUGCACCAGAAGAAACCACAUUUCACCUCCUACACUUGUCUUUAAUGAGAGAGUAUAUUGACUAUGAGUUUUCAGUAUUAAAAGACAAGAUCACUUUUAAAUAUGAUAUUGAAAGGAUAAUAGAUGAUUGGAUUUUGAUGGGAUUUCUUGUUGGCAAUGAUUUUAUCCCUCAUCUACCUCAUUUACAUAUUAAUCAUGAUGCACUGCCUCUUCUUUAUGGAACAUAUAUUACCAUCCUGCCAGAACUUGGUGGUUAUAUUAAUGAAAGUGGGCAUCUCAACUUACCUAGAUUUGAGAAAUACCUUGUGAAACUAUCAGAUUUUGAUCGGGAACACUUCAGUGAAGUUUUUGUGGACCUAAAGUGGUUUGAAAGCAAAGUUGGUAACAAGUACCUCAAUGAAGCAGCAGGUGUUGCAGCAGAAGAAGCCAAGAACUACAAGGAAAAGAAAAAAUCAAAGGGCCAGGAAAAUGCCAUUUGUUGGGCUGCUUUAGACAAAAAUGGAGAAGAAGUGGUAACUUCUAAGGAUAAUUUAGAAGAUGAAACUGAAGAUGAUGACCUAUUUGAAACUGAGUUUAGACAAUAUAAAAGAACAUAUUACAUGACGAAGAUGGGAGUUGAUGUAGUGUCUGACGACUUUCUGGCUGAUCAAGCUGCAUGUUAUGUUCAGGCAAUACAGUGGAUUUUGCACUAUUACUAUCACGGAGUUCAGUCUUGGAGCUGGUAUUAUCCCUACCAUUAUGCCCCUUUCCUAUCUGAUAUCCGUAACAUCAGUACACUCAAAAUCCAUUUUGAACUAGGAAAACCUUUUAAGCCAUUUGAACAGCUUCUUGCUGUACUCCCAGCAGCUAGCAAAAAUUUACUUCCUACAUGCUACCAGCACUUGAUGACCAGUGAAGACUCACCAAUUAUAGAAUAUUAUCCACCUGAUUUUAAAACUGACCUAAAUGGGAAACAACAGGAAUGGGAAGCUGUGGUACUAAUACCUUUUAUUGAUGAGAAGCGAUUGUUGGAAGCCAUGGAAACAUGUAACCACUCCCUCAAAAAGGAAGAAAGGAAAAGAAACCAACAUAGUGAGUGCCUCAUGUGCUGGUAUGAUAGAGACACAGAGUUCAGCUACCCCUCACCAUGGCCAGAAAAGUUCCCUGCCAUAGAACGUUGUUGCACAAGGUAUAAAAUAAUAUCAUUAGAUGCUUGGCGUGUAGACAUAAGCAAGAACAAAAUAACCAGGGUUGACCAGAAGGCACUGUAUUUCUGUGGAUUUCCUACCCUGAAACACAUCAAACACAAAUUUUUUUUGAAGAAAAGUGGGGUUCAAGUAUUCCAGCAAAGCAGUCGUGGAGAAAACAUGAUGUUAGAAAUCUUAGUGAAUGCAGAAUCAGUUGAACUUAGUGUAGAAAAUAUAGCUUCAUCAGUGCUUGGAAAGUCUGUCUUUGUUAAUUGGCCUCAUCUUGAAGAAGCUAGAGUUGUUGGUAUAUCAGAUGGAGAAACUAAAUUUUACUUGGAAGAACCUCCAGGAACACAGAAGCUUUAUUUGGGAAGAACUGCCCCACCAUCUAAAGUGGUCCAUCUUGGAGACAAAGAACAAUCUAACUGGACAAAAGAAGUACAAGGAAUUUCAGAAUACUACCUAAGAAGAAAAGGAAUAAUAAUAAAUGAAACAUCUGCAGUUGUAUAUGCUCAGUUACUCACAGGUCGUAAAUACCAAAUAAAUCAAAAUGGUGAAGUUCGUCUAGAGAAACAAUGGUCAAAACAAGUUCUUCCUUUUGUUUAUCAAACUAUUGUAAAGGACAUCCGAGCUUUUGACUCCCGUUUCUCCAAUAUCAAAACAUUGGAUGACUUGUUUCCUCCUAGAAGUAUGGUCUUUAUGCUGGGAACCCCCUAUUACGGCUGCGCUGGAGAAGUUCAAGAUUCAGGGGAUGUGAUUACAGAAGGUAGGAUUCGUGUGGUUUUCAGCAUUCCAUGUGAACCCAAUCUUGAUGCUUUAAUACAGAACCAGCAUAAAUAUUCUAUAAAGUACAACCCAGGAUAUGUGUUGGCCAGUCGUCUUGGAGUGAGUGGAUACCUUGUUUCAAGGUUUACAGGAAGUAUUUUUAUUGGAAGAGGAUCUAGGAGAAACCCUCAUGGAGACCAUAAAGCAAAUGUGGGUUUGAAUCUCAAAUUCAACAAAAAAAAUGAGGAGGUACCUGGAUAUACCAAGAAAGUUGGAAGUGAGUGGAUGUAUUCAUCUGCAGCAGAACAGCUUCUUGCAGAGUACUUAGAGAGAGCUCCAGAACUAUUUAGUUAUAUAGCCAAAAAUAGCCAAGAGGAUGUAUUCUAUGAAGAUGACAUUUGGCCUGGAGAAAAUGAGAACGGUGCUGAGAAAGUUCAAGAAAUUAUUACUUGGCUAAAGGGACAUCCUGUCAGUACUUUGUCUCGUUCUUCUUGUGAUUUACAAAUUCUGGAUGCAGCUAUUGUUGAGAAAAUUGAGGAAGAAGUCGAAAAGUGCAAGCAAAGAAAGAAUAAUAAGAAGGUACGAGUGACAGUGAAGCCCCAUUUGCUGUACAGACCUUUAGAACAGCAACAUGGAGUCAUUCCUGAUCGAGAUGCAGAAUUUCAUCUCUUUGACCGUGUGGUAAAUGUGAGAGAGAACUUUUCAGUUCCAGUUGGCCUUCGGGGCACCAUCAUAGGAAUUAAAGGGGCCAAUAGAGAAGCUGAUAUACUAUUUGAAGUAUUAUUUGAUGAAGAAUUUCCUGGAGGCUUAACAAUAAGGUGCUCACCUGGUAGAGGUUAUCGACUGCCAACAAGUGCCUUGGUGAAUCUUACUCAUGGGAGUCGCUCUGAAACCGGAAAUCAGAAGUUGACAGCCAUUGUGAAACCACAACCAGCUGUGAAUCAAUAUAGCUCAAAUUCAUCAAUUUCAUCUGGGCAUUUGGGAGGCCUGAACCAUUCCCCUCAAUCACUUUUUGUUCCUACUCAAGUACCUACUAAAGAUGAUGAUGAAUUUUGCAACAUUUGGCAGUCCUUACAGGGAUCUGGAAAGGUUCAACACUUUCAGCCAACUCUACAAGAGAAAGUUGCAGUUCUACCUCAAGAAGUAAGUCAAGUAACUCAACAUCAUAAAUCUGGCUUUACUGACAACAGUGUUAAAUGUCAGCAAAGAAAACAUGAGCCUCACAGAAAAUUUAAAGAAGAGUGUAAGAGUCCUAAAACUGAGAGUCGGUUACAAAAAAUGGCAAAUAAGCAGAUGCUUGGAGGGCCUGCCCAAUGUAAUAUUAAGCUAUUGAAGAGAAAUGAAAGUGCAGAAGUGUCAGAAAACCAGAAGGUUGUGACCAGUUACCCAAAUGCUAUUGAUAAGCCUAACCCUGGAAUUGAGAACUUUUUAGCAUCCUUGAAUAUCUCCAAAGAAAAUGAAGUACAGUCAUCUCAUCAUGAAGAGCCUCCAAGUGAAGAACUUUUGUCACCACAAUCAUUUGCUAUGAAGGGAACUCGGAUGCUUAAAGAAAUACUAAAAAUUGAUGGCUCUGAUGCUGUGGACCAUAAAAAUGAAAUGAAGCAGUUUGGUAACGAAGUCACUGUUUCCUCUAAUAGAAGAGAUGAGUAUGGACCUUCCUCCCAGGCUAAACAAAAUAAGAAAUUAACAUCUUAUAUGAAUAAGCCUCACAGUGCUAGCGAAUACCAUAAUGUUCAGCCUAUGGACCAUGUGUGUUGGCCUGCUCCCAGCCAUAUCCCUCCUGUGUCCACACCAGUAACUGAACUUUCUCGAAUUUGUUCCCUUGUUGGAAUGCUACAACCAGAUUUCUCCUUUCUUAGAACACCACAGACAAUGACAGUUUGCCAGGUAAAAUUAUCUAAUGGCUUACUGGUACAUGGACCACAGUGCCAUUCUGAAAAUGAAGCCAAGGAAAAAGCCGCACUUUUUGCUUUACAACAAUUGGGCUCCUUAGGAGUGAAUUUCCCUUUGCCUCCACCAAUAUUUCCAAAUUAUCCUCCUGCUGUACCACCCGGAACCAUUCCUCCAGUUUUUCCUCAACCUACUGGCUGGGAUCACUAUGGAAGCAACUUAGCAUUGGGGGCAGCUAAUAUAAUGCCUUCAUCAUCUCAUCUCUUUGGCUCCAUGCCAUGGGGACCACCAGUGCCAGUUCCUGGGAAGCCAUUUCAUCAUACUUCAUACUCUGGGACCAUGCCCAUGGCUGGGGGAUUGCCAGGUGGUGUGCACAAUCAGUUCAUACCUCUACAGGUUACUAAAAAAAGGGUUGCAAAUAAAAAGAACUUUGAGAGUAAGGAGGCCCAGAGUUCUCAAGCUACCCCGCUUCAGACUAGCCAGCCAGGGUCUUCCAAUGUCACCAAAGUGAUUCCACAGGAGUGUUCAUCAGCCUCCUUAAAGUCCUCUCAGAUUACUCAACCUGCAUCUUCUUUUCAAGCUGAAGCUGCCUCCCAAGGCCAUAGUAUGUCUCAUCACAAGUCCACACCAAGCUCAUCUUCAAGAAGAAAAUCAAGAAAACUGGCUGUCAAUUUUGGCGUUUCUAAACCUUCUGAAUAAAUAUGGUACUCGGAAUUAAAUUAAUUUCUUUCCUUUCCACCCACGUUUUUAGAAAUCCAUAUCUGUGUCUCAUAAAAAAUUAGAAUGUGCUAUUUUAAAAUAAUAUGUUUUGAUUAAAAAUUUUCUUUUCAAUUAAAAUUUUUAAUUGGUUGUCAGGCACUUUUCAUGCUAUAUCAAAUUGUGCAUCUUAAACGUGCAGUUUUACAUCAGUUAUACCUCAGUAAAGCUGUAAAAAAGAAAAACUAAAUUAAACCUUGUGUUAAAAUAGUAUCAGUGGACUAAGCAUUAAAAUGUACCACUCUAACUCUUGGCCUCUCAUCAAUAGAAGUAUCCCGAACUAUGAAUUAGACAUCAUAGUGCAAUAAUAAUAAAAAAAAUUGUUAUACUAUUGAGGGAUAAUUAAAUGGAGCAUGAAAAUUGGGCCUCAAGUGUAAUCUACUGAGUGGAUUUUAUUUCUCUUUUUAAUGUGACAGGUUUGUCAGGAGAACGGCUCUUAAAGUAUUUUAACUUACAUUUUGUUUUCUCUGAGGGUCCUUUAGACCUGCUGUGAAAUGAUCACACUUGUUGUGGUGCUGCCAGUUUUGCUUUAUUCUAAAUUUUGUACCAAAGCAACUUUAGAAUACUGAUCAGAGUAUUUCAUUUAACUGCUUAGAACUAUAAAUAGCAAUCUAGAUUUGAGCAAGUAAUUACAAUUUUUUAGAUUAUUCAAGAACCAGCAUUAGAAAUUUCUAAUAAAAUUAAGUUUCAAAAUCUACAGGGUACAAGGACUACAAAUUAAUCUUCUAAUAGAAUAAAGUAAAAUAUAUUAAUCAUGUUAGUUGAAAUAAAUUGUGUUAUUCUUUUGUAUAGCUUUUUACCUGCUUAAACAUAUAUGAGAACUUCUUUGUUGGUCCAUGUGUAGUGCUUCUUGAGACUGAUGAAAUUCUAAUUUUUUAAAAAAAUUCUGAGGUGUGCUAAAUACAGGCACAAUCAGUUUGUGAUGUACUUUAUUUACAUGACAAACGCCUGUCUCAUUCUGUUUCCAUAUUUUUAGCUUUAUGCUGAACUGUUCAGUGACUCUGGCAUUUUGUCUUUGCAUGUCAUGUAUGGGUGUGUAUUGUUCAAGCUGUGGCUGUUGAAAUUAUUUUAGAAUUUAUGAAAAUUUCUCAGUGGUACCAGGGCCUGAGUUUUUACAUGUAUACACACACACACACACACACAUUUAUCCUUUAGUUUUUGUGAUAUGCUUAUAUUUUUAAGGAAGUAAGUUAUCAUACUUUUUUAAAAAGUAGGAACCAUAAUGUUUAUAUGGAGCUGCUUAUUAUUAUAUCCAGUUUCAUUUUACUCAUUAAAAACCCUGCCAUGAGUCUUAGUCUAUUUGUUUUUUUUAAAUGCUGGUAUUGAACUAAAUGGAUUCCUUUCUCUAACUGCUGAUUUCAGAGUUUGUCUAAAUGUUAAGAGGAUAUUUGUAUAUUAGUAGUGCCUUUAGUGUAAGAGAUGAAUGUUCAUUAUCUGUCAUUUAUUAUAGUCAUGUGAGCGUCUGUGAUUUUAUUUUCUGUUAAUUUUCCAGAAUCAGAUGUUCAUUGGUUCCCAGCACGUCCUUGUUGGGAAUGUUUAUCUGUAGUGGGAUCUUGAAUAAUGAGGCUCAAAUAAUUCUCAGUGUUUGUUUUGAAAGGAAAUCUCUAUUAUGAGAAUACAAUACAAAAAAGUUAAAUUGUGACAAUAAUGUUCUGUUAACAUCUUACUACUUUAAAGUGUGUUAAUAUUUGUCACCUUAUGUACCUGUGCAAACUCCAGCAUUCAAGAAUUGCCUCGCUCAUUACUGCUAUGUGGCCCCCCUAAAAACAGUGUACAAUCCACAUCUUUUUUAGAGUACAAAGGAAAGAGCAUGUGCCAUCUUCUGAAAACUCCCAAGAUAAAUUUCAACAAGCAUAUUGCCACUGAACCCAUAAGGAUAUCACCCCAGUGUUUGAGCAAAGUGAGUUUAUAAUUCUACAUGGAUAGGCAGCAAAAGUGUUUUCUUUUUGUUCCUUCCUCCCUUUUUAAAAAACACACAGUAUUCUAAAGGUCAAGAUUGAAGCGAGAUUAAAAUAGGAAAGAGCUCGAUAAUGACUAGAUUAGUGGUCAAGCCUUCAUCUCUGUUCCUUUUCCUUUGUAGACCUGUUCCAAAUAUGGGCAUGAGAUCAAUAGGAGAUCAGCAGGACUCGUGCCUCCCUGUGCAGGACAUAAGAAACAGAGACUAUUUUUAUCUCAUGAUAAUCUCGAGGAGACUGGAUUCGUUGAUAGUAUGGGAAACUUAGUUUUUCCCUCUUGGAUGGGGCAAACUCAGACCAGCUCCAAGUUUAGAAAUAUGCCCAUUCGACUGUUGAAUCUGCUGUAAACUUUCUGUGAAAGCUGUGGUCUCUAUAGGGCAUAGGAGAGCAGAGUGCCCAAAUUGCUUCAUGCUUCCACAUAACCGAAGAAAUUAAAUCUAAAUAUUCUUACUCAGUAAUUUCCCUCUUUUUUUUUUUUUUGAGUGCAUUAAGUGAAUUUUGUAAUUGAUUUUUCUAGUCUCAUUGUUCCUUGUUACAAUUGCCUGCAUUACCUGAUCAUCACCUAGUUUUAUAAUUUGACAGAAUGUAUUAAUUGAUUUAAACAUCAUGUAGACGAAAAUCUUAAACAUCGGAGAGUCAGUUGCAUGAAACAUUAAUUUUGCCUCUGUGUGUACCUUGGUUUCAAUUUAAGAUGUUCUUGCUUUUCAGAGGGAUAAGGAGUUCUUUUAAAACUGAAAAGAUAAGGUUUGUUUUUGUUUUUGUUUUUCUGUUGGUGGGAGAGAUGAAGAACUCUUGAUGCAGGUUUUUUGUUGUUUUUCCUUUCCUAUGAUCAGGUAUUUGCUUUGGUUUUAGACUGUUAUUUCCAAACUAAUCUACAGUCUUCAUUUAAGGGGAGAAGCAGUGAAGGAGGAGUUGGAAGAAGGAAACCAAUUAAAUAAGAUAUAUCCAAUCACUGCAUUUUCAGACUAUCUCUUUCUAGCUCAAGGAAAUAGAUAAGUUGCAGGGGCUUUUUUAUUUACUCACUUUUUAAUCAUCUGUUCUAUUUGUAUUAAUGAAUCAUACGUUUUUGUAGUAGUUGUCUAAUUUUUACCUUAAGGUAGAGAAAACUGUCCAGAUCUCCAUUGAAGUUAGGCCUAACGUGCUUUGUCUCAUUGUUCAGAGCAUCUUUUUUAAAGCAACAGUAUAUAAUUUCCCAGCUUUUCAAGCUUGCUAUCUUUCUUAGGAUCACCUUGCUUCCAAAUUGUGUUUUUACUAUAGAGGAGAAUUAAUUUAUUGGAGAGAUAUAACUGUGACAAGCAUUCUCUACUUUAAAAAAAAAAUCACUUAAGUUCCUUUAUCAUUUUUCUAGAGAUAGUGAUAGUACGCAGACUGGCAGUGUUCUUUAUAUUUUGUAAGCUCUGUCAGUGGAACAGUGUUUUUCACAGGAGCUUCCUUUCCUAGUGAGGAUAAAGCUUAAAAUUCCAGAAAUGAAUAUUUCAAACUGACCUGGUUCGUAUUUCCAUCAGACCUCUCCAUAUUCCGCCAGGGAGCAGUAGGAGACCGUGUUGAAACAGACAGGCAAUGGCACUGAGUCAGCAGGCGUGCGGAAGUGCCCGUUACCAUACUGAGUUAACAGCUCGGGUAUCGCUCCUUUUUUUUUUUUUUUUUUUUUUUAAGAGAGAGAGGGGAGAAAAAUGUGUAAAAUAGUUUUAGUAAUUAAGAAUAUCAGCAAUCUACAGCUGCUUUUGUGUUUGUAUGUAUGUCAGUGAACCAACAAUUAUGCCUUGCUCAGUCAAUGCAUUCAGCCAUCUCAAGUGCAAUUUGUGAUGGAGACUCUGGUUUCCAGUAGAUAGUUUUACAUAGUUAAACCUGUAAAAAUUAAUUUUUUUCCAGCAGUACAUCCAUUGCUAUUGAUUUCAGCAAUGGUAUACUAUUAAAUUGCCUAGGCCAAAUAAUUAAGUUUAUACAGAUGUUUUAGUAAUUUGAAGCCAAAUUCUCAUACUAUUUCUCAUGAAAUAAAAAGACUGAGAAUUUGGUCCACAGUUUGCUUUAAGUUAUUUUAUUCCUUUCCCUUUAUAGCUAAGGGACUUUUUCCUUUGUUUUGGGGUUUGGGGUUUUUUGUUGUUGUUGUUUUGUUUUGUUGCCUCAGGUCUCUUACAUUUUCUUUUGCUUGCACCCAGUUGCUUCUUUGAGGGUUUUCCUCUAUUUUGAUAUAUGAAUAAUAAAUAGUGUGCUGUAUCAUCAAAGUGUUCAACACUCUGUUCAUUUAAACAAUAUAAUUCAUACAUAUAUACCUUAAUUCAUUUCUUUUCUCACAUAGCUAUUUUAUAAGUAACUGGACUUUUUCAUUAGAUCUUAUACAGAGCAGUAUUUUAUUAAAAAUUCAAAAGGGAAGACUUUUAUGUGCUCAUUUUGUAGUUUUUGUUUUUUAAAUAUCUUUACAUUGUCUGCAAUUAAAGUGUUUUAAACUUGCAUUGUAAUGGACUCCGAAUGUAUUUUUGUGUUAAGUUGUACAUUUGUAGAUCUCUCGCAUGAAGUUAGCCUCAAAAUGUUGUGCAGAAGGAUUUUAAAAUAAGAGUCACUGAAAGAGUUUAAACAUCUAUACAUGUUAAAUGCUAUAUGGAUUUUAAUUAAACACUUGAGAAUGAUUUCAAAA